ACAGAUAUAAUACUGGCACAGCAUGAACUAUUACAUUGUCCCUGAGAUUUUGUCUGCAAAUUCAAUGAUUUUACUGUAAUCAAUUUAGCCUACCAUAACUUUCAUUAAGGCUACGAUCCAAAAUCGCUUUUGACAAGGGGAGGGACUUUUGAAGUAGGCAGCCCUAAAACGAAAGUAAAUAGUUAGACUCGUCAGACGCGUCAGUAGCCUAAAUUUGUCUUGUAUCGAGAGCACACAGUUUGUAGCCUAAGAGAGACUCCCACUGCUGCUAGGAUGAGUGUCUCUCAGGAGAGAGAGGAGGCUGCAGGUCACAGUGAGACACUCAGACCAGAGUCUGCAGCACACAGCUGUGUGCAACCAAGCAGCAAACCAACACACUCUGAUGGAGGCCCACAGACAAACAGACCUCCAUCUCCAGUGCCCAGCUGUGUGUCCAUGAAGAGUUAUCAGUCCAUGGGUGCUAUGCCCCACUUCAGCAGUGAACCAGUUCCAUCAGGUCUAAUCCCACAGACUCACAGACCUCCAUCUCCAGUGCCCAGCUGUGUGUCCAUGAAGAGUGAUCGGUCCAUGUUUGAUAUGCCCCACUUCAGCAGUGAACCAGUUACAUCAGGACUAAUCCCACAGACACACAGACCUCCAUCUCCAGUGCCCAGCUGUGUGUCCAUGAAGAGUGAUCAGUCCAUGGGCUAUAUGCCCCACUUCAGCAGUGAACCAGUUACAUCAGGACUAAUCCCACAGACUCACAGACCUCCAUCUCCAGUGCCCAGCUGUGUGUCCAUGAAGAGUGAUCAGUCCAUGGGCUAUAUGCCCCACUUCAGCAGUGAACCAGUUACAUCAGGACUAAUGUGAGUAGUCAUCAGUCUUUUGACAUGUCAGUCACAUUA